AUGCCCCGAGGACGCAGGGGCUGUUGGACAUGUCGCAUUCGUCACAGAAGAUGUGACGAGUCAUCCCCUGAAUGCAAAGAAUGCAGUACUCGAAGUAUUACCUGCCAUGGAUAUGACAUUGAUCCGCCACAAUGGAUGAGCAAUGAUAAGUUGAUGCAAGAAGAGCUUCAGCGUAUCAAAGGUGCAGUUAAGGAGAAUUUCCGACGUGUCAAAACUAUCCAGAAUCGCCAACUUGCUCGAUUGACGGCUGAAGAAGCACAAGCAUCGCGUGCUAAACCAAGUUCUCAAUCGCCAGGUGACCAAGUCCACAAUCCAACUCCAGUCGGCUCUUCAACUACAAAUACCAUAUUUAAGGAGGCGCAGUACUUGGUACAUUACCUCGACUACAUCUUUCCGAUUCAAUAUGCCUUUUAUGUCGAUGCACCGCAUCAAGGUGGCAGAGGUUGGCUCUUCUUCCUUCUCGAGCGAAACGCACCGCUUCGCAACGCAGCACUUACUCUUUCUGCCUUCCAUCAACAUACCUUAUCACCAUAUCAUACUGAAAGCCAAGAGGACGAACUAUUGAAAUACCAUACCAAAGCACUUCAAGAACUUCGACAUGUUGUCCGCCAUCGAGACGUUGGCGCUUCUGCCGACAACAUCGAGGAAUGGCUCAAAUUUCUCGCUGGCGGUAUGUUCUUGAUCUCUUUCGAGGUUUUUCAAGGCGGCACAAACCACUGGCAAGCCCACUUCAACGCUCUUGUAUCUGUUAUUCAGAACCUUACCUCCUCCGAUUUCGACUUCGACGCGUCCGACCCUUCGAGUUCCGACUUUGACUUUCAACGAGGGAUGAAUACUGCGCAAAAGUUCCUUCUGUCGAAUCUCGUCUGGAUUGACAUACUUGCGCCACUGGCUACAGGAACUGCACCGAAACUGCCAUACCAUGACUGGCUCAACGCUGGUAAGAUUGACAUGUCAAGAGUCAUGGGCUGCUCAAACUGCAUUAUGAUCGCAAUUGGUGACAUGAUGGCUUUGAGCUCAGAAGCUAGCACACUGGAUAGCGAUGCUUUAGGAAUCACCAUCAGGGGGUUAGAAAAACGUAUAUUGACUCCAACCAACCGCUCCGUAACCCACCUUUUUGCAACUGCAGCUCUCGUCCAGCUUUAUACUAUUGCCUCUGAAAAUGGCAUCACAUCACCAGAUCCUCACACCGCAGUAUCCCAAGUCAUCGAAGCAUUAAACCACUUACCUCCACACAUUUCUUUACGAGCAACGCCGUGGCCUUUAUGCGUUGCGGUAUUAUGA